ACCCACCCUCCCCCGACCCGCACCAGACCCGCGCCCGCGUCCCCCCUGCUCCGCGCCGCCACGCCCCAAGUCGCCGCCCCGAGUCCACCCCCGGUCUCCCCGUCCCCUCCUCCUCCUCGCGGCCCGCGGUUCGGCCGGGCGGCCGGCCAUGGCGGAGGGGGGCGAGCGUGGGCGGUCCUGGUACCUCAGCAAGGAGGAGAUCGAGGAAGGGUCGCCGUCCAGGAAGGACGGCAUGCCUGCCGCCAGGGAGGCCCAGCUCCGGUCGGUCUACUCCAGCUACAUCCGCGACGUCGGCCGCAGGCUCGGGGUGCCCGACAUCACAAUCGCGACGGGCACCGUGCUGUGCCACCGCUUCUAUCUCCACCAGUCCCUGGUCAAGAACGAGUGGCAGACUGUUGCAACUGCUUGCAUCUUUCUUGCUUCGAAGAUUGAAGACACUCCUUGCCAAUUAGGACGUGUCGUUACUGUGGCACAUGAAACAAUGUAUAAGAGAAAACCUGAUGCUGCUCGCAGAAUCAAACAGAAGGAGGUCCUUGAGAAGCGGAAGGACCUAAUUUUGAUGGGGGAGGCACUAUUGCUUUCAACCAUCAGGUUUGAUUUCAAUAUACAGCAUCCUUACGAGCCACUAAAUCUCGCUCUCAAGAAUCUGGGGAUCUCCCAGAAGGAAGUGAAACAAGCUGCAAUAAAUCUCAUAAAUGAUACGCUUCGGACUGCAUUGGUAGUGCAAUUUAAACCACACUACAUAGCUGCUGGAGCUCUCCAUCUUGCCUCCAAGUUUCAUGAUGUUACACUCCCUUUUGAACAAGGAAAAGUAUGGUGGCAUCAAUUCGAUGUUGCUCCAAAGCAGUUGCAAGCUGCUAUCCAGCAAAUGAAACAGGUCUUUAAUGAAAGAAACCAACGCCCCACGGGUCCUGCUAUCGGGCCCAUUCCAGCUCCAGCUCCGGUGGAGAAACAGCAGGCAGUAAGAUUCCCGAAGCCAGCUCUGGUGGCAAAACAGCAGACACUAAGCUUGCCAAAGCCAGCUCCGGUGGCAAAAAGCUUACUGAAGCCAGCUCCAGUGGAGGAACAGCAGGCUGUAAGCUUCCCGAAGCCAGCUCCAGUGGCAAAACAGCAGACAGUAAGCUCCCAGAAGCCUGCUCCGGUGGAGGAACAUCAGACGGUAAGCUCCCCAAAGCCUGCUCCAUUGGAGGAACAGCAGACAGUAAGCUCCCUGAAGCCAGCUCUGGUGGAGGAACAGCAGACAGUAAGCUUCCCGAAGCCUGCUGCGGUGGAGGAACAGCAGUCAGUAAGCUUCCCGAAGCCUGCUCCGGUGGAGAAACAGCAGACUGUAAGAUCCCCGAAGCCUGCUCCGAUGAAGAAAGAGCAGACAGUAAGCUCCCUGAAGUCUGCUUUGGUGAAGAAAGAACAGACAGUAAGCUCCCUGAAGCCUGCUUUGGUGAAGAAAGAGCAGACAGCAAGCUUCCUGAAGCCUGCUCCGGCGGAGAACCAGCAGACAGCAAGCUCCCCGAAGCCUGCUCCGGUGGAGAAAGAGCAGACAGUAAGCUCCCCGAAGCCUGCUCCGGUGGAGAAAGAGCAGACAGUAAGCUCCCUGAAGCCUGCUUUGGUGAAGAAAGAACAGACAGUAAGCUCCCUGAAGCCUGCUUUGGUGAAGAAAGAGCAGACAGCAAGCUCCCUGAAGCCUGCUCCGGCGGAGAACCAGCAGACAGCAAGCUCCCCGAAGCCUGCUCCGGUGGAGAAAGAGCAGACAGUAAGCUCCCUGAAGCCUGCUUUUGUGAAGAAAGAGCAGACAGCAAACUCCCCGAAGCCUGCAGCGGAGAAACAGCAGACAGCAAGCUCCCCGAAGCCUGCUCCGGCGGAGAAACAGCAGACAGUAAGCUCCCCGAAGCCUGCUCCGGUGGAGAAACAGCAGAUUAUAAGCUUCCCAAAGCCUGUUCUGAAGUAUAGAUAUUCAAGGAGAGGCCUAAGAAACACUACAGCUCCAACUGUAACUCCGACUCCAACUCUGGUGAAGAAACAGCAGAAAAUAAGCACCCCAGAUGGCCCUGUUUCGCAUGCCUUCUCUCCAAGGGGAGUCCUAAAUGGACCCACUUCAGCUCCAACUAUAACUCCAAACCCGAUGAAGAAACAGCAGGCAUUAAGCACCCUAGACUCUGUUCUGAGGCAAGCACACGCUUCAGUUGGAGGAGUGAAGCGCACUAGAUCUCCAGCUCAAGAUAAAACCCUGGUGAAGAAACAGAAGAUAAUAAGCGCUUCAAACUCUGUUGUGAGGCAUGCACGCCCUUCAGUUGUAGUAGUGAGGCCCACUGGAUCUCCAGCUCGAGCUAGAACCCCGGUGAAGAAAUCACAGAUAAUAAGCGCCCAAGACUCUGUUCCGAGGCAUACUCACCCUUCAGUCGGCGGCGAAAGAAGGCUCAGUACAGCUCCAGCUCCAGCUCCUGCUAGUGCUCUGGCAAGGAAACAGCCAACAAUAAGCACCCCAGACUCUGUUCUGAGGCAUACAGAUCCUUCAAGGAAUGAAGAUAGCAAGCCACUGCGAAUGCAUGUGGAUCAUAGCUUGAGUAGAACUGCCAAAGAUGGUAGGCUGGAGAAGCCAUCUUUCCAGGCAGCUCUAAACCCCGAUCAUGGCCACCAUGUCGGCAGCGGACCUAAAGAUGUAAAUAUGACAAGGGUCCCAAACUUGGUCGGACAGAAGAGAAGGAUCCAGGAGGCUGCUGUACAGCCUCCUGCUCCGGGUGAUAGAUGUGCUGGAGAUGCUUCGAGGAGGCCGCAGCUUCCAAGUUUGAUCGUUGCCCCGCCGUCCUGGAAGAAGCAGAAGAUCGAUGUUUAAGUUACUUGUUCUGUAAAGACCCAUUGGUACUGCUAUUAAAGACAACGGUUUGCCUGUAGAGAACUAGAGAUGUUGUGUUAUUGUGGAAAGUGAACAGUGAUUAAGUAUGGAUGCCAUGCAAAUUGCGAUUGUGAGCUCCAGGGAGGAAUAGAGAUGAAAGCAAGCUGUGGCAGAAUGUUUGCCGCCAAGUUUUGUAUGCUCGAAGGCGCUUGAUUGUUCGCAUCGAGAAGGAAAUAGAGAUGGGAACCAUGGUGGAUGCUGUGUAGAUUGAUGUAGGCUUGAAAAAUCUGUUGUCUAAUUUAAGCCUAGGAAGCUGAGAUGUAAUCCAAAGUUGUUCUGUAAAUUUGAUGUUGUUCAUGGAGGCAAAAUCUGUUUGUCUAAUUUAACCUUUAGGGGAAACCGAGAAGAAUAGAGGUGGUAGCCGGGAUUGCAGUGUAAA